UCGAGAUGAGGUUAAAGGAUUUUUGCAAAGAAGGAGAGCCGAAUUGGACCUUGAGGACGGUGAUAUCAAUAUAAUAUAUAAUCAGAGAGUUAAGGGUGAUACCUUUCUUGAUUUUAAUGCUGUAGAUUUUGAAAGAUGGGGAAUACCGGGUGCUCCUGCCAAAAAACUUGAAAGGUUGAUUAAACAAAUUAAAGGAGAGCUCGGUAAAAAAGAAAAGCUUUGGAAGAAGAAGACAUGGAAGGUCAACAGCACAUUACGGGAAACUGACUGGUCUUCUCACUAUUUUAUGGAUCCAGUGGAAGGAAAACAACAAGAACAAGCAUCACUAUUUAAGAAAAUCGAAGAGCGUUCUUUCAUAAUUUUAUAUGGAACACGGGCAUCUGGAAAGUCUACGCGUGUGAUGAGAACAAUAUCAGAAUUGGAAAAUAAUAAUUAUUUGUGUAACUAUUUGUCGUUUGGGCAAAUUACCGAUUAUGGCGAAGGCUUCUGGAAUUCAUUCGGCACAAAUCUCUCUAUUUAUAAACGUUCCAAUAAAUACUUGGAAUCCUGUGCGGAUAUAAAUCGUGCUGAAGGUUUCCUUCGUUAUUUUAGCGUAGCAGGCUGGAAAAAUGCUACAAAAUGGAUGAUGAUCAUCGCUCCAAUUUCCUUAGAUUUUGGACAUGAAGUAAAUGUCACCACUGACAUAAAUAGUGCAGAAUACCUUGCUUCUGAAGGGGUUCUGGUACCUGGUGAAGAGGCCGGAGCAUUCAAACUUCCUUCUCCGUUGGUUCGCUGGUUGAUCCUUCAUCGUGUAAUCCCUAAUGUAUUUCCAUCUCGUCCAAGGGAAGAGAUCCCUUUCUUUAAAGAUUCUCAAGACCUGGACACUUUAAUUGCCUUAAAGUUUGCUGUCAAACCAUUUGACAAGGAUAUCAUUAGUUUUGCGCGCUUCCGUUCAUUCAAGACUGCUAAAGUGCUGGUCAAUGGUAACGAAAUCAAAUAUACUAUAAAGACUCUAAUGGAAAACAAAACGAUAAAUAAUUCUGAGUUAAAAGUUCCGGCCAUUGAAAUUUCAGAGUCGCCGGGACCGACAGGUAACCAUGUGGAAAAAAAGAAAGAAUGGAAAAGAAUUAAUAAAUCAAGGCAAAGGCGAUCAAGGAGCAUUGGAGGACUUUAUAUUGAUGAUUCGGCGAGUGAAGGUGGUUCUACUGACGAUGAUCGACUUGUUUCUCCGAGUAUAUUGAGAAGGACUAACGUGAAGAAAGAAGGCUUUGAUGAUUUUGUAAAGAGACGGCGUAAUUUAUUAGAAAGGCAGCGCUCUACCAUUUCAUUAUAUACUUCGCCUGUUCUUGUAAUUACUUACUUCUUGGCGUAUUUGAUUCAGCAAGUCAAAUCAGCUGUGGAAUAUGCACAAUUAAGAAAAUGGGUUAUAACGUCCAUACCUUUAUUAGGAAUCUUGAUUCAAUUUGCAUUAUUGAUAGAUGGAGAACAUCAAAUUGUGAUAUAUCAAAUUCAAUCUUAUAUCUUUUGGUAUUGUUACUGGAUUGGUUUGGGAAUCGCUUCUUCAAUAGGUCUUGGUACCGGUCUACAUACAUUUGUAUUGUUUUUAGGCCCUCACAUUGCAGAAGUAACUUGGGCAGCUUAUAAGUGUGGGAACCUGGAUUUUGAAACGUUUGGUCCUCAUAGAUUUCGAUGCAUGCCUUCCGUAUCAACCUCUUUUGCAGUAUCAUUAUGGAGCAUAUUUCAAAAAGUGCAAUGGGAAUCUUUUCUUUGGGGAUUUGGUACCGCACUGGGUGAAUUGCCACCAUACUUCGUAGCAAGAGCAGCUGCUUUGUCAGGCAGUCGUAGCGAAGAAUUAGAGCAGCUUGACACUUUAAUUGCUCAAAAUCCUGAUAGUAUAUCACAUAAGGAAAAGGUGCUUAUAUGGGUUCAUCGGAUUAUGCAAAGAUUAGGAUUUUUUGGAAUAUUUCUCUUCGCUUCAAUUCCAAAUCCUUUAUUCGAUCUUGCUGGCAUAAUUUGUGGACAGUUUUUGGUCCCAUUUUCAACAUUUUUUGGGGCUACAUUCUUAGGAAAAGCCGUCGUAAAAUCUUCUAUUCAGACUAUUUUUGUAAUUUUAUUAUUUUCUCAAGAUAUGAUAAACACUAUCUUAGACCUUACACAAAUUUACUUACCAACUAUACAUGACAAACUCGAAAGUGUUGUUCAGAAGCAAACUAAAAUACUAAGGCGUGAAGAGGGUGAAGUUGCUCCUGAAAUUAGUCCGGUAGGUUCUUUAGUAAUUGAAACCUUGGCUAUUGCGCAUCUUAAACGAGUUCAUGAUCAAGAAAUCGAAGACUUGGAAAGGAAGGCAAAAGAAAAGGAUGAAAAUGAUGUAGAAGUAGAAUCUCCCAUGUCUAGAAGCGCCAUUGAAGGAGAUCUUAAACGAGAAAAAGAUUUAGGUAGAGGUUAUGCAAGUAGUUAA